CUAUUUUCUGUCCUAGUUAGUUUGUUAGCAACCAAGAUGGCGGUCGCCUUGUUGGAAAAAAGGCCGAAUUCCCGCAGAAAAAUGCCUGUUUCUCAGGCCAGAAGGGCGAUGGAAGAGGAGAUUCUGGCGUUACAGGCAGGAGACAGCGACGACGAUGACUUUCUCGGCCCCUCCAUAGCAGACCAGAUGAGGGUUGGUUUCUUCAGCCAGGACCGGUCGUGUCAGACGGAACAUUCGGAGAUCGUGGGACUGAAGCGGAUGACAGAGGUGUUAAACAACCUGGUCCAGGAUGCACGUGCCCUCCGGAAGGACCUUCACUUCAGCAAGCAGGUUCUCCAGGCAGACUAUGAGGCCAAGUUACAGGCAAAGGCCCUGGAUCUGUAUUGUAGAGUCAAUGACAAGUUGGAGGACCUGGAAAAGAUUCAUCUAGAUAAAAUGCAGGUUGUAAGGAAGAGCUUUCGACAACAGCUUGCAGAUGCCAUGGUCAAAAUAGCCAACCAGUACAAGAAUUACUACAGCAGCAAGCUGAACCUGGAGCAUGCCAAGCAGUCCAAGGGAAAGAGCGCCAUGACGGAGAAGUACAAGGAACUGCAGGCACAGAUCCAGAGGAACGAGUCCAUCAUUCAGAUGCUGCAGAUGCAGCUCAAGGAGUACCAGGAAAACGCUGACGUCAAAGUGUUUAAUUACGAGGACUCGGAGGGCUCCAAGUCAGACGGGAAUGAACAACAGGUUGAGGAGCUGAAACUGGACAUCGCCAAGCUGCAGGACAAGGUCGACGACCUACAGGACACUCUGGAGACCAGGGAUGACACAAUCGACAACCUCAAUGCUGAAAUCAGCCUACAACAGGACAAGCUGGAGAAGGAAAAGGCUGUGCAGGAGGAGUUGAGGCAACAGAUUGAAGAGUUGAGAGCUCAGAUGGAGUCAGACAAGGCCACCAAUCGUAGAAUGCUGGAGAAACAGCGGCUGGACCUGGAGCGGCAGAUGCAGGAACAGGUGAAGAGCGCCAAGUCCUCUGCGCUGUCCCAGGCACAGCAGCUGGCCAAGGAAGCCGAGGAGGCCGAGAAACAGCGGCAAAGGGAGAUGGAGGCACAGCGGAAGAGACAACAGGAGCUCCUAGCCAAGCAAGAGGCUUCGAUGGUGACCAACAGCAAUGCAGAGGAGGAGGUCAAGAGACUGAAGAAACUGGAGAUGAAACAGGCUGAGGAAAUAGCCAGAUUGAAAAAAGACCUGGACAGAACCAACCGUACCUGGGAGAAGAAGUUUGCUAUCCUGAAACAGAGUCUCCACGCUUUGAAAGAUGAGAGUUACAUCAGACAGACGCUACAGAAGCAGGCGGCCACGCUCCACCACGCCACCAUCGCGUACAACACGGAGGUGGCCACGUCCGCGCCGCCCAGCCAACAGGGGCCCAGGAAACAGCCCGCGCCGCUCCCGCGCAUCCAGAAGUCUCGCUCGGCGAGCAGGACGAACAACCGGAGAGAGCGCGAACUGGAGAGACUGGAGAAACACACCAACUCAGCGCCGAGCGGGAGGGGCACCGAGGUCUUCUCUACUGCAGAGUCCGACGUGGUUGGUUCUGACGAGGAUGUUGAUAUGGGCGGGGUGCUCCCCCUGCCCUCCCCACCCCCCCGGGCACCCUCACAGUGCAGCGUCCAGGAGAUGGCCAGCCGACCUUCCACCUCCAGCCACGUGGUGGUGCUACCCUCCGCAGAGCCUGUCCAGUGAUUGGCCAGACUCAACAAACUCCUGUUCAGUGAUUGGCCAGACUCAACAAACUCCUGUUCAGUGAUUGGCCAGACUCAACAAACUCCUGUCCAGUGAUUGGCCAGACUCAACAAACUCCUGUUCAGUGAUUGGCCAGACUCAACAAACUCCUGUUCAGUGAUUGGUCAGACUCAACAAACUCGUUAUCUUCCUUUAUAUACCUAUCUCCUACUUCUAACAUUACCAAAGCAUUUUUGAUCCAUGGUAGUACUAUACUGCACUAAGUGCACUUACAUGUACAUGUUUAAUAUGAAUAGCUCCCCUGGAGUGCUAUACUGGGUAUUUUAAAAUAUUUGCAUUGAUAGGUGCAUACUACUAUGUAUAUGAGGGUAUCUUUUAUUGUGUCUUCCCAAUGUAUAGUUUGUGAUGUUGCGUGUGUACAUAAUGUAAAUAAAGAAACACUAGUAGAA